UUUGCGCGUGCUUGCGUGUGUGUGUGCGGUUGCCCACAGUGGUGUGCUGCAGUCCGCUCCCUGUCGUAGUUGAGUAAACUACAUUGACAUUCGCGGGCGCAGCCACCGAGCCGGAGUGAGUGAAUCAAAGCGGCGGUGUGUGCGUGCGUGUGCGCGCGUGUUUGUGAGAGAGAGUGUGUGUGUGUGUGUGUGUGUGUUUGGCGAGCCCCUGGAUAAACGACCGUGUAAACCCCCGGCGUGUAACCGCGAGUCCCCCUUCCCUCACACCAGCUGUGCGGCUGCGAGGCGGCGCAGGGAAAGAGGCUCCCCCCGGUGGACCGAGCUCGCGCCGUGUGCGUCGCGCGCCCGGCAGGGAGAAGCUCGGCGGGAAUGGCUUCGUCUCCGUGCGGCAACGGCAACUUCGAUUCCGGCCUGGAAAUCAAAACUCGCUCGGUGGAGCAGACGCUCAUCCCGCUGGUGUCCCAGAUCACCACUCUGAUCAACCAUAAAGACAAGCCAAAGAAGUCUGAGCGCACCCUGGCAGCCAUACACAGGGUGGGUCAGGCGGUAAGCGUGGCAGUGGGACGCUUUGUUGCUGUCGGGGAAGCCAUCGCCACGGAGAACCAAGAGCUGAAGGAUGAGAUGGGUCAAGCCUGCUUUGAGGCACGCAGAGCAGGUGAUGCCAUAGCCCAGCUGACGGACGUGGCAUCAGCGUUGCCAUCCCAGGCAGACGGACGUGUCACGGUGUUCAGCGAUAGGACAGGGAUGGUGAAAGCUGCACGCUUGCUCCUCUCCUCAGUCACUAAAGUCCUGGUUUUAGCUGACCGCAUUGUUAUCAAGCAGAUAAUCACAUCACGGAACAAGGUGCUGGUAACCCUCGACCACCUGGAGAGAGUCAGCACCUUCCAGGAAUUUGUACAGAUUUUCAGCCAGUUCGGCAAUGAGAUGGUGGAGUUUGCCCACCUCACAGGAGACAGACAGAACGACUUGAAGGAUGAGAAGAAGAAAGCGCGGAUGGCAGCAGCUCGAGCAGUGCUGGAGAAAUGCACCAUGAUGCUCCUCACAGCGUCCAAGACUUGCCUGAGGCACCCAGAUUGCGAGUCGGCGCGAAUCAACAAAGACGGUGUGUUCCACCGAAUGCGCUGUGCCCUGGAGCAGGUCAUCGACAUAGUCACUGAGGCACGGAGCUGUGGGGAGAACCAGCUCCUUCCAGCCAGCAUCUACAACGGCAUCAAGGACUUCAAGUCCAGUGUGGAGUGCCUGCGGGAGAACCUGUACUCCUCAUCACCCCAGAGCAUGGGCAGCCAGCUGGAGGCGCUGGUGGAGCGCACAGAGGACUUCACUGAUUCGGCCUACACCAGCCACGAGCAGCGGCAGGCCAUCCUAAGUGUGUGCCAGCUGGCGCGCCAGGACACUCAGCAGCUGAUGAACGCCUGGAUUGAGGCGCAGUCUGUCCAUGCCAAAGAGGCCACAGAGGACAUGGAGGUGGCCAUCCUAAAGACAUGCCAGAGCAUCGGUGACCUCAGACGUGAGGUCCAUAAAGUGGCAGUCGGCCGUGCCACAGACUUGCUGAAAGUUCACGGAGAGCAGUUGCCUCUGCGGGCUCUUAAAACUGCAGGCGCCGAGGGAAACCUGGAGGCAGUGGCGGAGUACUCACGCAAGCUCACCGAGCAGAAGGAGCAGCUGGUGGAGACCUGUCGGCUGUUGUGCCAUGUGUCAGGGACAGAGCCUCUGGAGAUUACCUGUGUACACGCCGAGGAAACCUUCCAUGUCAUUGGUCCACAGAUCAUCUCGGCAGCUCAGACACUGGCCCUCCACCCAUCCAGUAAGAUCGCUAAGGAGAACCUGGAGGUGUUCUGCGAGGCCUGGGAGUCGCAGCUCUGUGACAUGGCACUGCUACUGAGAGAGAUCAAUGAUGUCUUUGAAGGCAGGCGAGAUAAUCACAAGAACUCUCUAUUCCUAGGGGACAAGAGACCUUAUUUGUCACUUCCAAGACCCGGGAAACUCUCGGCUAACUUGAAGACUGCCAAGGCUGUCAAGUUGGAUGCAGAGGAGCAGACGAGCAUGGCCAAGCUGGGUCUGGAGCUCCGUCUGCUGUCAUCAGACUUGGACACAGAGGUGGAGAAGUGGGAGGCACAGGAACAUGACAUUGUGCGGCAGAGCCAAAGCCUGGCCAGUAUGGCCUACAACAUGUACCUGUUCACCAGAGGGGAGGGGCUGCUGAAAACAACACUAGAUCUUUUUCAUCAAGCCGAGGUGCUUUCUGAAGAGGGUCUCCAGCUGUGCUCAGCUCUCCGCACUUUUUCCACUCAGCUGGUUGAUGAGGAAAAGUCAGUGGUGAUGACAGAGCUGGAGAAACUGGUGGCUUUGUGCCAGCAGCUGCAGAUGGGGGCCAAGACUCCUGUGCAGGGCAAGACUGCCACCUUCCAGAAGGUGGACUCAUCUAUUCAGACAACAAAAGGCAUAUUGGCUGUUGUCCUCUACCUCCUCCCAUUCUGCAACAAGCUCAGUAAGAAGUACAAGUCAGAGAGGAGUAGCCUGGGCUCCCCGCAGGACUGGAGAGAGAGGCAGGAUGCAUCCACACCUGUCAGAGAGGAGGGAGCUCUCAACAGCAAGAAUAGCAACGGCUUUGGUUUGAAAUCAUUGGAGCAGCACAUGGCCGGUCUCAACCUGCUGGAGAGCAAAUAAUCCAGGAAAUAGUCACCCACUGGUUUGUCCACUAUUCGCCCCCGGAGACGCACAUAGACCACCUCACCUUUCUCGAGAACAUGUAAUCCAGAGAAUAUUUUACUCCCCUCAUUCUCAUUCACCCACCAUACAGUGGGCCAGGGCAGACGGGUGAAGAUGGUGGCUUUGGGUUAGUCAUAGUUUGAAUUUGCUCUCUGGAGGUUGAAUUAAAAUGUUCACAGAAAAAGCAGAUCCAAGCUCCCUGUACCCAGAGGCAGUUUAACCUCAGGUUUUUUUGGGGGUGAGUUACCCGAAGCACCACUUCCACCCCAGUCCACCAGAUGGAGACAAUCAGCCAAGAGUGGGACUUAGGAAGUAAGCUUAUUCAAAGCGAGGCCUGACACAAGCCUGAUAUUGCAGUCGCUUUCAUCAUUAAGUUCAGAAAAUGACAUCAACAUGAAAUCAGGAAGUUAGUCCACUCAAUGCUCAGCUCAGCCGUACAUACGUCUUCACUACGUGCCUCUUCGUUACAAGCCUAUUUGCUUUGUGGUGUCCUGUAAAUGUGUUGCACACGAUGGCCAAAUGGGGGGGAAAAAACAGUGAAAUGAAACCCCAUUAUGCAUGAUGCCACUGUCACCAAACUUUGUGUGCUAGUCUCCUACGGUUAAUGUGCCAUUGGUUUGUAAUGUUAAUACUUGUUAUGUAAUUUUAGCCAUUGUGGUACAUUCUGUCCUUGAUGCACCGGCACUGUAGUCAGCAUCUCACAUGCAUAAUCAUUGCAUAAUUAAGUAUUUUAAAAGCCAAUCACGCCAUUUAAUUUUCAUAACAUCCUCGGAUAUGGAACAUUCCCCAUGCGUCAUGUUAGAAAGAAAAUUUAAAAAAAUAUAUCACAAUUUAAUGCCAAAUAUGAUUGUAGUCAUCAAGAUGCUGUGAUCUUCUGCUUGCUACUAGUGUGAAAUAUAACGCUCUUAGUCCUCCAGUGUUAAUUACUAGAGACAUUUUUAUUUCACCCUGGUUUCUCCAUAAAGUUGCCUGGUUAGAUUCAUUUCAUCACUUAAGAUGCUUUUAGGAAGUUUAGACCUUCUGGUAUAAAGACCCCGGUUUUGUCAAAUCAUAUUCUGUGUAAACAGUUUUGCUGACUUUUUCUUUCCUCACAAAAGAAAUGAAAGAUAUUUCUGAACUGGCACCUGUGUCAAAUGGAGCCUUGAAGUGUACUUGUUAUGAAGACUAUCUUUGUGAAGCUGCCUAUGUAUUCAGUGGUAUAUGUAAGUAUGUUUAAUCUGGUACUUGAAUCAUAUAUACAGUAUGUUUCUUAAAGUAUCGGCUUCGGUACUAGGUGAGGGUAUGAUAAUGACUGAAAGAGGAGUAACAGACAUUAAGCUUUAGAGAUGCUCUGUACUGAGCGAGAGCAGCUAAGAAUGCUGGGUAUUGUAGUGGCUCUACAGAUGUGAAGAAAUCAUAGAUCUAGUUUUGGAUCAUCUAUUCUUUUGACAAUUGAAAGGCUAAAAGUGACAAAAAAAAUUAAAACAAUAUUUUUCUUAAAA